AUGAUUCAAUCCGAAGAAAUUCCAUAUGAUACAAUAGUUUGUUUUGGUGAAUCAAGUUCUGAUACUGGCAAUGUUUAUAAUUUAACAGGUUCAAAAUGGCCUCCUGUUCCACCUUAUUAUAAAGGUCGAUUUUCUAAUGGAAAAGUUUGGAUAGAAAAAUUAGGCAUAUCUAAUCUUAUUAAUUAUGCAUAUGGAAGUGCUACCACUGAUAAUAAUUUAGUAUUAGGUAUUACAGCAUAUCAUUUCGUUGUACCAGGUAUUCGUCAACAGAUAACUAUGUACAAAAAUACUGCUAAUUUAAGACAAACUAAUUUUCAUCGAACAAUUUAUAUAAUUUGGGCUGGUGGAAAUGAUUAUUUUUUUAAUUUAACAUUAUCGCCAUCAACUGUUGUUAGAAGUUUAAUUAAUGGAAUAAAUGAUUUAAUUCAAAUAGGUGCUGAACAUUUUCUUAUUGUUAAUCAACCACCACUUCAAGCAUAUCCAGCUACAUUUUCUUUCAAUAUCAGUGAUUUAUUAAAUAGACUUACACAUGAACAUAAUAUUAAUCUAUAUAAUUCAAUUCAAUUACUUCAAUCAAGUUAUUCAAAUAUAUCAUUCAAAUUAUUUGAUGUUUAUUUACUCAUUGCAAAUAUUCUUAUAAAUGGUUCGACAUAUGGAAUUAAUAAUACGACAAAUUGUUGGCAAAUAUCAAGUAAUACUAUUGUUAAGUUAUGUUCAACUCCUGAUACUUAUCUAUUUAUUGAUGAAUAUCAUUUUACUGCUCAUACACACCAAUUAAUAGCUGAUCAUGCACGAAAAUUACUUGAAGCUACAAAUGGAAAUAUGAAAUCUCCUCAUUCUACUUUUUAUAUUUUAUUCUUUUUUUAUAACAUUAUAUAUUUUAUAAAGCAACAUUUUUAA